AAAAUUUUUAACCACACGAAAAAUUGAAGAUUUAUCCUAGAAUUCAGAAAACAAAAAUCCUACUAGCCAAACACCCUUGAGUUUUUACUGGGCACACAUGAGCUACACUUCGACUCGCUUCAUCCGCCAUUUCCGUCUCUCCUCAGCCUUUGGAUGCUCCACUCGAGACAUUGGCUGCCUCCGUAUAACCCCUGCGAAGAAGAAAUUUUGUACGGCUGCCAUUUCCGUAGUCCAAAAGGGAAGUGAAGAGUUAUUGGUUGUAGUUGGGGGUGGAGCAGCUGGCUUUUAUGGGGCUGUUAGAGCUAAGACUGUAGCACCUAAGCUUAAUGUGGUGGUUAUUGAGAAAGGACAACCUCUUUCUAAGGUUAAAAUUUCUGGGGGUGGCCGAUGCAAUGUGACUAAUGGGCACUGUGUUGAAAAAAAGAUUUUGGCAGAAAAUUACCCAAGGGGUCAUAAAGAGUUCAAAGGAUCUUUCUUUGACAUGCAUGGGCCAGAUGAUACCAUGUCCUGGUUUUCUGAUCAUGGAGUUGACUUGAAGGUUGAGGAGGAUGGAAGGGUAUUUCCUGUCAGCAACAGCUCUUCUACAAUAAUCGAUUGUCUCAUGUCUGAAGCAAACCGAACAGGAGUUGUUUUGCAGACUGGAAAAACUGUGAGAACGGCAUCUGCUAAUGGUGGAAAAUUCCUUCUUGGAAUUGGGAAGCAAACAACCAGUCCUGUUGAAUAUGUUGAAGCAGAUUAUCUAUUGAUUGCUAGUGGAAAUAGUAGUCAGGGUUUUAGUCUUGCAUCACAACUUGGUCAUUCAAUUAUAGACCCAGUGCCAAGUUUGUUUACUUUCAAGACUGUGGAUCCACAGUUAGCAGAGUUGUCAGGAGUUACAUUUUCAAAAGUUAAGGCAAAACUGAUAUUAGAAAGUGUUAAAAGGAAUAUACAACAAUUUACACAGGUUGGCCCCAUGCUUGUGACUCAUUGGGGACUUAGUGGGCCUGUAAUCCUUCGGUUAUCUGCUUGGGGUGCUCGUGAUUUAUUCUCAUCUUGUUACAAAGGAACUGUCACUGUGGAUUUUAUACCUGAUUUACACAUAGAAGCUGUCAAGUCAAUGCUUAGUCGACACAAGCUUCAGUUCUUGAAGCAGAAAGUGUCCAACUCAUAUCCACCAGAAUUUGGUCUUGUGAAGAGAUUCUGGAAAUAUAUAUUAGAUCGCCAGGGUUUCUCUGGAGAUGACUUGUGGUCUUCUAUUCCAAAUAAUACUUUGGCUUCUGUUGCUUCUCUAUUGAAGAAUUGUGACUUCAGAAUUACAGGGAAGGGUCAAUUUAAGGAUGAAUUUGUCAAGGCUGGGGGUGUUCUGCUAUCUGAGGUACUGAAUGUUGAUGGGGUAACUGGUGGUUUCAAUUUUCAGAAUGCUUGGUCAGGUGGAUACAUAGCUGGAAGUACUAUCGGCACACGAGUAAGUGAUGCUCAUCUCAAGGGUUUGGAUUUAGCAUAAACUUUGUUAACAUUAGAAGAUUUGCUUAUUGUGUCAAAUCUUAUAUUCCCUUUAUUUUAAGAAAAGUUCAUUUAUACAAGUUUUCAAUUUGACACCCAUUUCGUGAUAGUGCCUAAGUGAUGAUUAGCUUGAGCAAUAUGUAUAGAAGGUCAUCUCUUGAAUCAUGGCUUUGCUUGAUCUUUGAGUACAAGGAAAGCCAUACUUAUAAGAGAGAACUUUUUAAUUGGAUGGUUGUGUUUUAUAUUGUGUAUGGUCCUGGUCCACCUCUUUUGGGUAGUUUAUUUUUAUGUUGCUUUCUUUUCUGUUGCCUUUUUUGAUAGAUAAGGAUGUUGUAAUGACAUACCUGUUCCACCUUUUGUGUGUGUGUGAGGUAAUUUUGGUAUAAUAACGACAUUAUGUACA